GCCUCCCGGUCUCUUCCUCCAAUUCCAGCCGCAGGCCUGGGGAUUUUUCCUCCUCUUCCUCCUCCAACGACAUACUGUCUUUGAGCUUCAAAUCUUAUCUCCGUCACCGAAAACUCCAGAAGCGCAAUAGGGAAUCGGUGGCCUAAUGGUUUCCGCUUCGCUCUUAGAAACCAUCUCCGUCUUUAGAGAGCCGCCCAAGUGCAGGCCUCAGCGCCUCCUCCGAUGGAAUCCUAUCCUUCAACCUCCUCUACCGCAAUUCCCUCUCAUUAGAUCUCGGAAGCCCAUCAGGUUCGCCCUCGGAUGCUCUCCCAGGCCGCCAUCCGCCGCCGCCGGCGACGAGCAGAAGAGACGCCCCCUGGACGCGGCGCUGCGAGCCGUUCUCGAGACCUUGGAUAGACUCAAGAAGCCCGCGGCCGCUAUCAUCUUGAUCGGGUUCCUCCUCACCGCCGAUUCCCACGGCGCCCUCGCGGCGUCCGGGGGGCGCAUGGGCGGGAAGGCCUUCUCCUCAUCGCCCUCCCGGUCGCACUCUUCCUCUUCCUGGAGUUACUCGGCUCCUCCCAGCUCGAGAUUCUCGUACUCUGCGCCCUACUACGCGCCCUCGCCGUUCGGAGGGGGGUUCUACGCGGGACCGGCAUUUGGGGUGGGUUUCGGGGCGGGGUCGGGGUUCUUCCUUCUCAUGAUGGGGUUUGCAGCGGUCAUUUUGCUCUCGGGGUUCCUCUCGGACCGGGCGGACGAUGGGAGCGUCCUCACGGCCACGCAGAAGACCAGUGUCAUCAAGCUGCAGGUUGGCCUAUUGGGCAUUGCUCGAUCAUUUCAGAAAGAUCUUGAUCAAAUUGCUGAAGCUGCAGACACAUCUACUCCAGAGGGAUUGAAUUACAUUUUGACAGAGACAACACUGGCUUUGCUCCGUCGUCCGGAUUGCUGCAUAUCUGCUUACUCUUCUGUGGAUGUGAAACGUAGUAUAGAAGAUGGUGAGAAACGUUUCAAUCAACUUUCAAUUGAAGAGCGAGGUAAAUUUGAUGAAGAGACACUUGUGAACGUGAACAACAUUAGAAGACAAAAGACAGGCAACCAAACAUUCAGAAGUUUCAGCAAUGAGUACAUUGUGGUCACAAUUCUGGUGGCUGCCGAGGGUGUAUACAAACUUCCUGUCAUAAAUGGAAGUGGGGAUUUGAAAGAGGCACUGCAGAAGCUCGGUUCUAUACCUUCUAGCAAAACACUGGCUGUGGAGGUGCUAUGGACACCCCAAAAUGAGAAUGACACGCUUUCAGAAAGGGAGCUUCUCGAGGACUACCCACUUUUGAGACCCCUGUGAGUGGAAGUCUUUUGUUAUUGUACUGGAAUAUGAAGUUGAUGGACGACUUGUAGAUAAAGGAUGUGUUUGCUA